AUGGCUCAGGGUGAAAUGGCCUUCUUCUCCAGGCCUUCCUCCUCCGCCGUCAAGAUAGUCGCUCCUUCCAUCGAUCACCCCUCAAGUCCGAAACCAUCUCCAAAGAAGGGUGCGCAUGACCGCGAUGAAUAUUCACCUGUACCGCCCGAAUCGCCUACGCCGAGCGCUGCUCUUCCUGCUCAGGCCGUUAACGCUCCUGUCUUCGUUCCGAAGACGUCGACCACCUCCGACAGUCCAGUGAUCUCCUCAGCUUUGAUCAACUCUCAGAUGUCGAUGUCUUCAUCGUCUUCGGCGCCAACCGAGUACUAUUCUGUCCAGUCGGAUUUUUACGACACCCAUGAUCCGUAUGACGCACAUGUAUAUGGGGGCCAUAAUGGAGACAUGGGAAGCGAUGGCUCUCACGGCCAUCAGGGCCAAAUCGUAUCCAAUCCAUAUGCAGACGCCUCACAGAUGCUUGGCUAUGACGGCGCAAUGGACCCUUUAUAUUCAACCCAGUUCACAUUUGUUAGGCAACCACUGAACUACCAUUUGUACACUCAACCUCGCCCAGACGACCUCACGGAGCGGUAUUUUGUAACUGACAACAUUCGAGAGGAGCUGCAACGUCGAUCCGAAAUUAUCCAUACAGCUCCUGCUACUGGUCUUAAUUUACCGGAGGAGAUUCAAGGCUAUCACACGCUAGUGCCUCUAGAGUCGAUUGGCGGAGAGAGGCGGAAGUUUGGGAACUGGUAUUCUACUGUGUAUCGGGCGAGCAAUUCCACAGAUGGAUUGUCUUAUGCGCUGAGAAGAAUUGAAAACUUUCGCCUCAUGCAACAGGCCGCAUUCUCUGGCAUUGAAUUUUGGGCAGCCAUCCGACAUCCUAACAUCAUUUCAGUGCGCGAGGCGUUCACGAGUCGUGCAUUCGGCGAUAGUUCAUUGGUUGUGGUGUACGACUACCACCCCAACUCGCAAACGCUUUAUGAUGCUCACAUGAAACCGAAGGCACCGCAAUUUCAGAACGGGCGUCUUCAGGCCCAGACUUCUCGCAUACCCGAGCAAAUUAUCUGGUCGUAUGUGACUCAAAUAGCGAGUGCUAUUAAGACGGUGCACGAGGCAGGAAUGGCUGUGCGCAUUAUUGACGCUACAAAAGUCCUUCUUACGGGGCAGAAUAGGGUUCGCAUCAGCUCGUGCGGCGUUGUCGACGUCCUCAUGUACGAGUCACGAGCGGACAUCGCUUACUUACAACAAGAGGAUCUAUUCAUGUUCGCCAAACUUCUUCUUGCACUUUGCUGCAGCAAUCUCGCCGCCAUCAACAACGUUCAAAAAGCGAUCGAAACUAUUGGACGACACUAUUCUGCAGAUUUGAAGGCCGUGGCCUUGUUUCUGGUCACUCCUGCCCCGAACAAGGCUAUCAACCAAUUGUUCGAUAUGAUUGGGAACAGGGUGCCGACGGAGAUGAUCGAAAUGCAGAACGCCGUUGAUCGUUUGGAAAGCGAGCUGAUGUCGGAGCUCGAGAAUGCACGCCUUGUGAGGCUUUUAUGCAAAUUCGGUUUCAUCAACGAACGUCCAGAGUUUGCUCGUGAGCCGCGGUGGUCAGAAACUGGUGAUCGGUACAUCAUCAAGCUCUUUCGAGACUAUGUCUUUCAUCAGGUCGAUGAGCAAGGCAACCCUGUUGUCAAUCUGUCGCACGUUUUCACGUGUCUCAACAAGCUGGAUGCUGGAACAGACGAACGUAUCAUGCUGGUCGCUCGUGAUGAACAAAGCUGUCUGGUUUGGGCGUCCUCACGUGGGCGCUCGACUCCGGCAGCAUUCUCCUAUAACGGGCUGGAUAGCAGGCGGCGGGUGGACGGCCUGAUCGCGAACUUGCCUCUAGAGUCACAGCACUCCAAGUCCUCCCAGCAACGUCCUCAUCUCUCUCCAUCUGCUGGCCAACGCGUCCUCCUUUCUGCUCUUCAACUCCCGAGACGUCCAAUGGCUGCUGUCUAUGCUCAGCCUGUCAGCGCCCUCCAAUCUCCUCGCCAACAGUACUUACAGCCCAAUGGCAACCCUUCACCCCAGCGCAAGCAUGCGUCUAGGCAGAAGUUCGCCGCCGAAUUCUCCCAAUGUCUUUUCGAUUUCGUUAUCCAACUGCUUCCAACGUCGGAGGAGAUGACCGUCAAAGAAGACGUACGCAAGCUCCUCGAGCGACUCAUUCGCACUAUCGAGCCCGAUAGCCGGCUGCUUUCAUUUGGCAGCAGUGCGAAUGGCUUCAGUCUCCGCAACUCAGACAUGGAUCUAUGCUGCCUGAUCGACUCGGAAGAGCGACUUUCGGCCACCGAUCUUGUGAACAUGCUCGGUGACUUGCUGGAGCGAGAAACCAAGUUCCAUGUAAAACCUUUGCCACGCGCCCGAAUACCUAUCGUGAAACUAUCUCUCGAUCCUGCUCCGGGUCUUCCAUUUGGAAUCGCAUGCGAUAUUGGUUUUGAGAACCGGCUCGCAUUAGAGAAUACACGCCUUCUUAUGUGUUAUGCUAUGAUUGAUCCCGCCCGUGUGCGGACAAUGGUUUUGUUCCUAAAAGUGUGGAGCAAACGACGCAAGAUUAAUUCGCCGUAUAAAGGAACACUAUCAUCAUAUGGCUAUGUCCUUCUAGUACUAUACUUCCUAAUUCACGUCAAGAACCCACCAGUCCUUCCCAACCUGCAACAGAUGCCGCCUUUACGUCCCAUAUCGGAGGUAAUCCAGCUCCUUGACGCGGAGAAGGGGAGCCCGAGAGAGCGGAACCGUCUAUGUAUAGAGGAUCCAUUUGAGACGGAUUUCAACGUCGCGCGGUGUGUCACUCGUGAUGGUCUAUACACUAUCCGUGGCGAGUUUAUGCGUGCCUCCCGGAUCCUUGCAAGCCGUCCGGAACGGGCAAUUGUAGCUUUGGCCCAGCUAUGCGAAGAACGUAAGAGUGAAGAACUACUUCAUCCUUCUCCAUCGCGUGGUGCCUUCGUACCCCCCCGUCUUUCACCACUACCUCCUCAAGUCCCAUAUACGGUCAGUAGCAGUCCCAUGCGCCCAACGCAUCUCCCAGUAGCCGAUGAUCUUUCGCCUCAAGAGUCGCCAGUAGUAUCUCCUUUGACAUCGUCGACAGCACCGUCUCCAUCGCUUGUGUCGGUGUCCGAUCUUGAGACAAAUGUUCCGAUACGUCUUCCAAUCGACCAACUCGAGCAUAUGGCGCCCAAGCGCGGGAAGUGGACCAGUCCACCACCACCUGAAGCUUCAGAAGCAGAUCAUUCAUCAUUCGAGGAUCGUCUUGGUCGAAGCCUUGCACUCGCUACGGUGGCGGGUGCAGGUCGCGAACAUGGGCCCAGGAGUAAAGCAUAUGCCUCAUCUUCCAAUACGAGCGAAGUGCACACUGACGACGAGGUGCGCUCCGAUCUCAUGGAGUCUGAUGACGCGCACUCCGUGCGGUCAUUCACCGAAGAUGGCGCGCUAAGUCGUCGACGCGAGAAAGAGCGCGAUGCGUCGCGCGAGCCGACUGUUACUGUUGAAAGACAACAGCUCAAACAGGCGCGCAACGAUCCACCACGUUAUGUGCUUGAUCCCUCCAGCUCUCGCGCAAGCUUGAGGGCUGAAGCAGGGUUGGACGCAAAAAUGCUUGCGCGUUUGCGUGGAAGACCCGUAGUGAGGAUGGCGCAACAGCUAAGCGAAACGAAUAUCGGCACGAACCAUCCAGAGGUGCAGGAUACCUUUUCGUCACCACUACGUGUAGAUUCCCCUCGGCGAUCAUUGUCGGGACCUUCGCGAAUGUCGCUACCAAAUCGAUUCACACAGUUGCAACUUGCAAGUUACAUGUCCGGUCCACAGUAUAUUAUACCUGGGGAAGCAUUAUCCCCCUCACAUUCAUCAUCAUACCUAGGAGGAUCCAACUCAAAUGUAUUUUACGAGACGUCACCUGCGAAGGACCGCCUCUUCCGUGCUCUCCAAUCAUAUGGAAUCACACCUGCCCCGUCUUCAUCUCCACAACCACGCUUCGACACGAGUGCGAGCCAUAACCAAUCAUCCACGUUGACUGCGUCGCCGUCACUGUCGCCGAGGCAUCUCACUUCAUCGCCGCUAAUUCCAUCUUCCCGGCAAACGUCUCCGCGGCACUUGUCUAAUUCACAGAGACGCAACUCUAAGCUGGCUGAAUCACUUUCAAACUCGCCACUACAUUUGGAUACCAGUCAUAUACCAUUCGGGGUGCCCUACUCGCAUUCACAUUCACAUUCUAUUACAACGGCUACGACUCCUCGGGCACAUAUGCAGGGAUUUAGCCCAUUACCACCGUCUCUGUCAAGAGCGCGUACGCCCCCGCUUGUCCCGUCAUCGCGACCACACUCACGACAGCAAUUGCCACCACGGCUGAGUGCUGAUCGGGGAAUCCGCUCAGUAUCACCCUUCGCUUCUGUCUCCUCGGGAAGCGCAUCGCCUCCAAUGUCUUGCACAAGUUCGCAGUACGCUCCGUCGUGUUCGCCACUCUCCACAUCCCCUCCAUCACCGUCACACAGCGACAUAGUGCCCAAAAUUUCCGAGCAUCGUUCUCACGCUGGUACAGAAGUCCGUGGUCAUGGGGAGUGUGUGGAAUGA